AUUCUGAGGCAAUGCUGCCCCCCAACUUCUCAGGGCUGCUCUUGGCCUGCCUGCUGCUCACAGGCCUGGCCCAUGGUGCUCCUGCCCCAGAUGCUGUCCCUGUUCCGGAUGCUGCCGCGGCUGCUGCCCCUGCUGCUUCCCUUGAUGGUGCUGCUGCCCCUGAUGCUGCCCCUGUAGCUGUUGCUGCUGCCGCCUCUGAUGCUGCCCCUGAUGCUGCCCCUGUCACUAUCAACGCUGCUGCCCCUGAUGCUGCCUCUGAUGCUGCCCCUAAUGCUGCCUCUGAUGCUGCCCCUGAUGCUGCCUCUGAUGCUGCCUCUGAUGCUGCCCCUGAUGCUGCCUCUGAUGCUGCCCCUGAUGCUGCCCCUGUCACUAUUGAUGCUGCUGCCCCUGAUGCUGCCUCUGAUGCUGCCUCUGAUGCUGCCUCUGAUGCUGCCUCUGAUGCUGCUGCCGCUGCUGCUGCUGCUGCCCCUGCUGCCCCUGCUGCCCCUGCUGCCCCUGCUGCCGCUGCCGCUGCUGCCCCUGCCGCUGCUGCUCUUCGAAGGUCCUGUCCUGAAGGGUCCAAGGCAUUUGGCUCCUACUGCUAUGGCUACUUCAGUUUUGAGGAGACGUGGUAUUCUGCAGAGCUGAGUUGCCAGAGACAGACCUCAGGCCACCUGGUGUCCCUGAUGAAUGUGGCUGAAGCUUCCUUUGUGGCCUCCCUGGUGGCUGAGAGUGGAGGCGGCCGGAACUGCAUCUGGAUUGGCCUCCAAGACCCUCACAAGAAUGGUCGCUGGCUAUGGAGCAGCACUGCCUUAUACACCUACCACGCCUGGACUAAAAAUGCCCCAAACAACAAUAAUCCUGGAUACUGUGUGACCUUGACACCAGAAACAGGAUUCCUGAAAUGGAAAGAUCAGUUAUGUAUGAACAAGAACUACUACAUCUGCAAGUUCAAAGCCUAGAGAUGACGAGCUCUCUGCCCUCUCAGAAACAUCUCUCCACUCUCUUGACAAGCCGGCAUUCCCCAACCCUUGGACAUUGCCCUCUUGUUCCCUCCUUCCCAUGUCUUUCCCCUCUAUAUUUCCUUGGGGUCUGCCUGGUGUAAAACAUUGGACAAUCAGAAUAAACCAUCAUCUC